CCCCGCCCACGCGCCCCGCCCACGCGCGCGGGGAGGAGCCGGCGCGGAGCGGGGAGGAGAGGUCGGGCGGUCCCGGAGCGCGGAGAGACGGACUCCCCGGCGGCGGCGGCGAGUUCAUAUGGGAAGGACAUUGGGGUGAACUUCUUCUCUAUUUCAGCUGGCCUUUCUGAUUCACCACACCAUUUAAAACCUGGAGACACUGGACCACACAAAGUCUUGCUGAUUUCAGGGAAGAAGAAUCAUCAAAGAUGUCCAGUAAGACGGCAAGCACCAACAGCAUAGCGCAGGCUAGGAGAACUGUGCAGCAGCUGAGAUUGGAAGCCUCCAUCGAAAGAAUAAAGGUCUCAAAAGCAUCUGCAGACCUGAUGUCAUACUGUGAGGAGCAUGCCCGGAGUGACCCUCUGCUGAUGGGCAUACCAACCUCAGAAAACCCCUUCAAGGAUAAGAAGACCUGCAUCAUCUUAUAGUGGACCGGGAAGCACCCCUCGCCUCUUAACGCAAACCACAGCAGCAACCUGAAGAGAUGCCUUUGGCUUACCCGGUAACCACAGCUAGUAACUAAAACACCCUUCUCUUGGAGUAACAGGCCCCGAAGUCUCUCUUUUCCAAGUUGUCCUUUUUUUGCCCUUUACUGAUUUAAUACAGAAUAACAAUCUCAUUUUCUAUUUGGUAACUAUGGUAUCAUAUUGGGUUACUGUAUAGGGAAAGUGGCAGGGGAGUUGGGGGAAGCUUGUCCUUACAAUAUACAAUUGAUUAAGAUAUGUCAAGACCGAAAUUGUCUAAGCACUGGCAAAUUAAAACUUCAACAAUCACUUCAGUCCAAAACCUUUAUAUUAUGUUCUCAAUAAGAUUUGUGCCAACCUGUACCCCACACAAGGGGUCUGGGGAGGCAGGUGUCUACGGCCAUAUGUUUUUGCACUAUUGGCACUAACCACACUGAAGCUUCCUGCUGUAACAUCAGCCCCUCAGAGUUACACCUUUAUCCUGAACUCUGUGUAGGUAGAAUAACAGAUUCUUUCCGUAUACUUUUUGUACAAAAAAAAAAAAAAAAAAAGAAAUGAAAAUGAAAAACAAAAUGAAAGAACAGUGUAAAGAUAUCUUUAUUAUAAUGAGCUGACGCUGUGAUCUCUCCUCUCUUGGAAUUGUACCAGCCCCCAAGUCUACAGUAAACUGCCAAUUAAAAACCUAAGGCUAAAACUGAAAGCCCUUUAAUGAGGUAUUAAUUCACAUUAGUCAUUUGGGCUUCUGUGAGCCCAAGGUCAAGAACGGGAAAGAGACCCUUGGGAGGCCCCUGGGAGCUGUACUGCAGGCCCACCGUCUCUGCUGGAUUGGGUGGCCACCUCAGAGACUUUCACCCUCAUGGCCGGAGUGCAAGAAUGAACUGUGAGCCUCCCCGAGAGGGGGGCAGACAUUUGUGGAAACAGCUGCUCUCCGGGGCCCAGCUUUGCAGGCAGCCCUCUCGUUUCCUCCUCACUAGCGUGGUACCUGUCCUUCGCUGCUGGAGCAACUGUGUUCAGGGGCCGUUCCCUCUUUUCCAGGUUCAGCGGGGUGGAACACAGCGGGGAAAAACACUCGAGCAGUGUAAAGACGCUUGAGCGCUUAGCAGAUGCCUGCAGUUCAUCACUACCAUGUUCACAAGCCACCCGGGGGAGGGGCCCUUCCAAAGACAGUCCUACAUUCUGUAGAACAGGUUCAGUGCUCACAGCAGUUGGUAUUGAGAGCCUCAGCUUUACUCUGAUCAUGCAAAUAGCCCAGUUACCCUCACAGUGUCCAGUGAGGAUCCCAGAGGCACAGAACCUGCCAUGACCAAGGACAUAUAUUGACUUUGUCACAAUGAGAAAUUCCAUUUAAAAUAUCUAGUUAGAAGCCCAAACCAAACACAAAAGCCUGUGGUAUUUUAAUUCAUUUCUAGUUCGUUAAUUCACUAAUGAAGGAUUUUAAAAAGUGUUCUCAAAAAGGACGUAGUCCCCAGGAAUUGUUUAUAGAAUUUCCCCUACUUGGAUACAGUGUGCCCUAAAAGAAAGCAUCUUGUAAUAUCUGAUGCUUGUGCUUCGAGCAUCAUGCUUCUUGCUGGUAAAUAGAUGCAGUACUGUUUCUCUACGACUCAGAGAACAUCACUAUUUCUCCAAGUCGCCCAUCUGCUCAGCACUCGGAACUGAGUGUGUGAAGGCCACAGCACUGCCCACAACCUGUUCUCACCAAUCACUUAGUUUCCAGCUGCAUUAAAGGCACCUGUUGAGGAGAGACAGCUUUUACCUUCCAAAAGGUAAAAAUGGAAAUGUACACCAAAAGACAAUUUUUACAUUUGAUGGAAUAUUCUUUUUUUACAAGUAUAUUUUUCUACUGAUAGUUUCAGAACACUAAUCUUAUAUUCAUUCUAAUUUUAAACAUGUUUCUUUAAAUAUUUAUAAGGCAGUUUAUUACAGAAUAUUUUUAUGCAAUCAUGUGCACAUUAUUGGUAGCAAACAUAGUGUAUUCUUUAGUACUUAAACAUAUGCUUUGUUAAUAUGCUUUUAAUGGUAAGAAAUAAACGUAAGGUCCCAGGAGAUUCUGUUGCUUUUUCAUUGGUUAGAGACAAUAAAUGUCUUCUAACUUCCUAACCAGAUCUGAGCUGUACUCACUGUAAAAGUAAAAUCAGAUACUUUGAUGCUGGACCCAAGAGGGAAAACAUUAGCCAAAUGUUGAUUUACUUAUAACUAGAUGUCUAUGUGAGAAAGUAUAACAUGUGUAUGCAUAUAUAUGACACGCAGAAGUCACUUUUAUUUAUGGGUCUUUGUUCAUUUAUGAAGCCAUGUAACUGUCUGUAGCAGUCUGUUGUGAUGGUCAUGAUGAACAGAAGUCCCAAGUGGGAUUUCUUUCCUCCACUGACAACUUGGCUUCAUUUCUCUAUGUUCAUUCUGUCUGUCUGAACUGACACUCCUGUGAGCACUGUAGUGUUUAUAUAGUUCAUAAAUUUGUCCAAUUUAAGCCUUGGAACUAUGGCAGGAUAAACCCAAGCUUCUAUGACUCCAAAACAUUUUGAAGAAACAAUAUAUUUUUAAACAGGGAAAUACUUUAUAUAGCAGGUAGUUCAUAAGCUGUGGAUUGUAGCUAAAUAUUUUGUUUUUCUGAAAUCAUGUUUAAAUUCUUUACCAUAUGAAAAAGAAGAGUGUCAUACCUAUAUUUUCAUGGGAAGGAAUCAUCUGCUUUUUCUGUGUUUGGAUUAUUUUUAUACUUUGAUGAUCUUUAAACUAUCCCUGGGGAAAAUUUUAUAUCAAUGAGUUAAUAAUUUUGACUCAUUGUUUACACAAUGUAAGAUGUGUCAAACCGGAGCCAACAAGAUGGCUCAGUGGGUUAAGAUGCUUGCUGCUAAGCCCAGCAACCUGUGUUUGAGACCCAGAAGGUACAAGGUAGAAGAAAAGAACUGAUUCCUACAGGUUGUCCUCUGACCUCUACAUGCUCAGUGUGUUAUCCCGGCACAGACACACAGUAACAGUGAAAUAAUACUUUAAAAGAUGUGCCAAAUUAUAUCUGUUAGGUGCCACCUCUCCACCAGCUUACCACUAAGCUAGAACUGUUAGACUCAUCACUCUGUAUUAAAAGUGUGUUCGUGCACAGGCCCAAGAGUCAUUUCCAAUGAAAUAAAUGUAGUACUGACAUAUGCUGUGACAUUUGUUGUUUUCUUUCAUCGUAAGCCCGUUAGUGGGAAAAAUACAUCAAAUCAAGUAAAAUAGGGCACUUACCAGUGUCUGCCAGUCUGGCCAGUCCUGUGCCGGGUGAUUCUGGACCAGGCACUUCAGCUCCAUGAGCCUCCCAUCUCCUUUUGUCACAAGGGAGUAGAAGAAGGUGAAGGAUGAGAUCCUCCCUAUUCCCAGAGGCCUCGGUUGAAUGACCUGCCUCUCUGCUGGUCCUGCCAAUGUGUUGGUGCUAUACGCUGCUUCAGAUACUGGCUUGUCUAUAGCAUGUACCCACCUAAUCACUUAAUGUUAUAUAUAACACAUAUUACUAGGUUUAUGGACUUAGUUUCUGUAAUGUCUCAUUUUUAGCCAUGUUAACUACAAGCAUUACAAAGUUUCAUUUGAUAAAUUGUUGAGAUUUUGUUAUUUGAUAAUAUUCUUUGGCUACUCAUCCACAUCUUAAUCAUUUUAAAACUGUGAUCCUUAUUUGGAACUCUGUUCUCUGGAAAGAAUAAACGCAUUUUUUUCACUUGCUAACAUGCUCACAAAUGCGAGAGAAGAGUCAUUAAAAGCCUGCUUUACUUA